UGGAGGGGGCGCCUGGAAACCGGUGGAAUCUGCACGGAGUGAGGAGAGCGAGCCUCUGGACUUCCAACCGCUCAGCAUGUGAACCGACGCGCCGCACGGAGUCAAGUCGAAAAACUGUGGAAAUACAAGUCUUUUAUGUUUUACGCGUUUCUUGUCUUGCGCCAUAGUAACAACGCUUCUUUGUUAAACGCACCGGAGUGAUUUGAGUUUGCAUUAUUUCAAGAAAACGGGACUUUGAGUUUUAUUUUAACCGGGUGGGGAGUGAGAGUGGACUGCUUGGAGUCACUUACAAAGACCAUCAAGAAGUCAUGACACGACGAACGUUUCAUUUGGAUUUAUCUUCUUAAAUACAAGAAAAAGUCGACCACGGCUAAUUCAAGUCGAAUUCCUUUGACUACAAGCUAAGUAUUGGGACAGUUGCUGUACACUUUUUGGUUUUUCACUCGUUUUUAAAUCGUCUUACUUGGAUCAAAGUUUUUCCUUCCCUCCCCCCUCCUCCUCAACUAUGGCGGCGGCCAGGUCCACCACUGACUCCGUUUUGCUGCGGAUCAUGUGGCUGGUGUGCGGGCUGUCCUUCUCACCCACUUCUGCUCAGCAUUACAACAGUGAGGGUGGUAUAUCCGUCCCAGAACACGGGUUUUGCCAGCCCAUCUCCAUCCCGCUCUGCACCGACAUCGCCUACAACCAGACCAUCAUGCCGAACCUCCUGGGCCACACGAACCAGGAGGACGCCGGACUUGAGGUGCACCAGUUCUACCCACUGGUCAAGGUUCAGUGCUCUGCAGAUCUGAAGUUCUUCCUGUGCUCCAUGUAUGCGCCGGUCUGCACCGUGCUGGAGCAGGCCAUCCCCCCUUGUCGGUCCCUGUGUGAGCGUGCACGGCAGGGAUGUGAAGCCCUGAUGAAUAAAUUCGGCUUCCAGUGGCCGGAGCGGCUCCGCUGCGAGGCUUUCCCCGUCCACGGAGCCGGCGAGAUCUGCGUGGGCCAGAACGCAUCCGAACCCGGCAGCCCGGCCUCCUCGUCUUCGCCCUUUGCACACGAACCGAUGACCCUUCCCCCAAACAUUGACCGGCAGAACCCACGCGUGCCCCAGCACGACCAGUUCUCCUGCCCUCUGCAGCUGCAGGUGCCUCCCUAUCUGGGUUAUCGCUUCAUGGGGGUCAACGACUGCGGGGCCCCGUGCGAACCCACUAAACCCAACGGGAUUAUGUAUUUCCGAGAGGACGAGUUGAAAUUCGGCCGGCUGUGGGUUGGCAUCUGGUCUAUCCUGUGCUGCGUGAGCACCUUAUUCACAGUGCUCACCUACUUAGUGGACAUGCGGCGGUUCAGAUACCCCGAGAGGCCCAUCAUCUUCUUGUCCGGCUGUUAUUUUAUGGUGGCAGUUGCCUACGCUGCAGGGUUUUUCCUGGAGGACAAGGUAGUUUGCGUGGAUAAAUUCAAGGACGAGACCUACAGGAUGGUGGCCCAAGGGACUAAAAAGGAGGGCUGCACCAUACUCUUCAUGGUGCUGUACUUUUUUGGCAUGGCCAGCUCCAUCUGGUGGGUGAUUUUGUCCCUGACUUGGUUCCUCUCUGCCGGGAUGAAAUGGGGCCAUGAGGCGAUUGAGGCCAACUCCCAGUACUUCCACCUGGCUGCGUGGGCUGUCCCGGCCAUCAAAACCAUCACCAUCCUCGCCAUGGGCCAGGUCGACGGUGACGUCCUGACCGGGGUGUGCUUCGUGGGGAUCUUCAACGUGGACGCCCUCCGCGGCUUCGUACUGGCCCCGCUAUUCGUCUACCUGUUCAUCGGUACGUCCUUCCUCCUGGCCGGCUUCGUCUCCCUGUUCCGGAUCCGCACCAUCAUGAAGCACGAUGGCACCAAGACCGAGAAGCUGGAGAAGUUGAUGGUGCGAAUCGGUGUGUUCAGUGUGCUCUACACGGUACCGGCCACCAUAGUGAUCGCCUGUUACUUCUACGAGCAGGCCUUCAGGGAGCACUGGGAGCGGACCUGGCACAUGCAGACCUGCAAGCGCUUCGCCGUACCCUGUCCGGUCCACAACUUCGCCCCCAUGACCCCGGACUUCACCGUGUUCAUGAUCAAAUACCUGAUGACCAUGAUAGUCGGGAUCACCUCAGGUUUCUGGGUCUGGUCCGGGAAGACUCUUCAAUCGUGGCGGAGGUUUUACAAGCGCCUUAGCAACGGUAAUCACGGAGAGACGACGGUAUAAAGUUGGAGGAUCAAGAGUCACUAAGCCAGGGAGUUCUGGAUCUAAUAACCACGAAAAACAGACUGAUGAAUAUUUGCUCCUGCAUUGAAUGUUCACUCCGAAGGUGAAUGAAGUUAUCUAUUGGUUUGCACAGCUAUCCUAAAGGUUACAAGUGUUAAAAAUGACUGAUACACCACAGGAUGAUCUGGAUCUAACCGUUCUAGAGACCACACACACACACACACACACACACACAGACAGACACACACACACACACACGCACGCACACCGGGCCUCCACACUCUGUCAUGGAGACACAACAGCUCAUUGUUUGUCGCUGUGUGUGGUCUCCCAACUGUUGGAUCUCCCAUCAAAAAGACUUUUAAAGCUUUUAAGGCAUCCAAGGCACGAUUUCAAGGAUCCAGAUUUAAUCCAUGGGAGUGGAAAUGAUUGCUCAGCAUUUUUAUGUUUUUUUAUCCUGGAUAAAGAUGACUGUACACAUUCACACCUGUUUUCUGCCCACUGUUACUGGAUCUGCCUUACUCUUGUAUAAUUUCAUUUGAAGUGUUAAAUGGUUUUCGACUGAACAUUUUAGAGUUUUUAAUGAGUCAUUAUUUUAGUGUCUACGUUGUGCAAGCACAAAACUCAGAGAGAUGGCAUUUAUUUUCUCUCCAUCUAGAAAACAGACUUAUGUUUGAUCUUCUAGAUCAUGGAAACAGUAAGAAGGAAGUCAGAGCUCACAACCAUGAGGGAAUAUUUUUUAUUUGGAAAGAGUGUAGUGGAGACAGACUGCUUAGCAAAGGUGGGGUGUUUUAUCUGGGAUAGAAUUAGUGGAGAUAAUAUAACAGGUUAUUAAAAGUAAAGUGAUUCUGUUUAUUGAUGAAAUCGAACAUCGAACAUUCGCACGACCUCGGCUAGUUAACAAGUUCAUAAAAAUAUUUUUAAAAAUGACUGGAAACCCUUCAAUAGAAUAGUGGGAAACCUGUCAACUAAAUGCUCUUACCAGCAAAUAACACUACCCAAAGGUGUAUUUCAGGACUGAGGAGGCUCAUUUAUUUUUUUGGACCCUAAUUAGCUUUUGAAAUAUCUGUGAAAACUCAAGACUAGUAAUUCAAGUGAGGAAAAAAGUAACCAGCAGUGAUUUAGUCCCAUUGAUAAUCCACUGUUAAAUGCAUUAUAAUAGCCAUUUGAACUGAAUCAGAAAAUCAGUUUAUUUCUCACAAAGUCAGAAGGAGACUGUGUUUGAGUCAACUUGAAGGCAGGAUAUGAUUGCCAGAAGCUUUUGUUUCUUGUUGUAUAGCACGUUUUCUCUAGAUACACCACAUGAUGAUGUAAAUGAUGUAAACAUCCUGUAGCAUUGAGGAAAAACUCACAACGGCACGACCUUAUAGACCCGGUGCUCUGGUCCUUUAAUUUAAUCUCUAAAGCUGUGUCCCAAAUCCACACAUACUAAUACUAGAAAAACACACUAUGUAACAAUCUUUAUAGUAUACUGGUAAAGCAGUUUGUAUGCAAGAAAUGUCACAUUUCCCUUGUGAAUGUACUACAUACCUCAAACCCUGGUUAAAAUUAGUAUGCAGGUUUGAGCGCUCCCCAACAAUCAUCUCUCAUCCAUCGUGCUUCUACCUAACAAGGCAAAAAUAUUUUAUGAGCUGAGAUCUGCCAGUGUCAAUGAUACCAGACUGACCCAUUUGUGUUGUACUAAGUUUUCAGAAGGAAUAUGAGUGUGUUUGUGUGUAUUUUUAUCUGAGCAUAUGCAACCAACCAAGUAAACACAGAUUGUUUUUUUUAAAGGCAUAUUGUAUUUAUGGGGAUACUCAUUUUUGUCUUUUUUACUUGUUUUUUUAAUCGAGAUAAGCCUGUUGUACGUGUACAGUUUGAAUAAAAGCGAUAAGGUUU